UACUCUGUUUCUUCACUUUUCUUUCUGUUUCUCCCUCUCUCAUUCCCUGUAACAUUUAUGAGAAGUGCUGUUUUCAGUUCUUCUCUGCAAUGUCUCAUGAGAUUGUUCCCGCCGAUCCCAUUGAUGAUGAUGACAGUUACAAUCACAAUCGAGUUUAUAUGCAGCAUGGUGGAGAAAGCUCCGCAACGGCUUCUUCUCUUACAAGAUCACUUACUUCUGGUCGUGAACAUGUUCCUGAACCGUUUGAUAGUGAGAGAUUGCCUCCCACACUUGCUUCAGAAAUCCAGCGGUUCCUUCGUGUUGCCAAUUUGAUUGAAACUGAAGAGCCUCGUAUUGCUUAUCUUUGCCGGUUUCAUGCUUUUGAAAUAGCACAUAACAUGGACAGAAAUUCAACUGGAAGGGGCGUCCGGCAAUUCAAAACUUCUCUUCUUCAACGGCUUGAACAGGAUGAAGAAACAACCAUAAAUAGACGGAAGACAAAGAGUGACAUUCGUGAACUGAAACGUGUUUAUCAUAUAUACAAAGACUAUAUUUUAAAAAAUGGUGGAGCACUUGAUUUAAAAGACAGAGAGAAAUUGAUAAAUGCGCGUAGAAUUGCUUCUGUACUUUAUGAAGUAUUGAGGACUGUGGCAAAUGCAGCUGGUCAUCAGGCCCUAGCCGAUAGAGACAAUAUCCAAAGAAAUUCACAGUUCUAUGUGCCAUAUAACAUUCUUCCACUCGAUCAUGGAGGUAUUCAGCAUGUGAUUCUGCAAUUCACUGAGAUUAAAGCUGUAAUUGCUGCUGUUCGAAAUACUCGUGGUUUGCCUUCAGCCCAAUAUUUUCAGAAAUCUGGUGAUUUCGUGGAUUUGUUUGAAUUUCUUCAGUAUCGCUUUGGUUUUCAGGAAGGAAAUGUGGCCAAUCAGAGGGAGCAUUUAAUUCUACUCCUUGCGAACCUCCACGUUCGGCAUUCUCAAAAACAGUCUUCUAACAAGAUGUUAGCAGAUAAAGCUGUGGAUGAAUUGAUGAAAAAGUUCUUUAAAAAUUACACAAACUGGUGCAAAUUUUUUAGGAGAAAAAACAGCAUCAGGUUGCCUUGUGUGAAACAGGAUGCUCAACAAUAUAAAAUUUUGUAUAUAGGCCUUUACCUUCUUAUAUGGGGGGAGGCUGCAAACUUGCGGUUUAUGCCGGAGUGCCUUUGUUAUAUUUUUCACCAUAUGGCAUAUGAAUUGCAUGGGGUAUUAACUGAUGCUGUUAGUACGAAAACUGGGGAGAAGAUCAUGCCAGCUUAUGGAGGGGGAUCUGAGUCCUUCCUUAACAAUGUGGUUACCCCAAUAUACGGGGUUAUAUAUGAGGAAGCUGCAAAAAACAAAAGUGGGACAGCUGACCAUUCGACAUGGAGAAACUACGAUGAUCUGAAUGAGUAUUUCUGGUCUCCAGAUUGCUUCGAGAUAGGUUGGCCAUUGCGUCUGGACCAUGAUUUCUUUUGUGUACGUCCAGUAGUUAAUUGUAAAUUUAAGAAAGCCCGAGGAUUGCUUGAUGCGGAAAAAGAAAAAUGUAAAGGAGAAGAAAUGGAAGAUGAAGAACAAGGGACUGCUACAGAAGACAAUCGUGAGACAAAAUGGUUAGGGAAGACAAAUUUUGUGGAGAUUCGUUCUUUUUGGCAGAUUUUUAGGAGCUUUGAUAGAAUGUGGAGCUUUUUUAUUCUAUCCCUUCAGGCAAUGAUUAUUAUGGCUUGCCACGAUUUAGAGUCUCCACUUCAAAUGUUUGAUGCAGAAACAUUUGAGGACAUUAUGAGCAUCUUCAUUACAUCUGCUUUUCUCAAACUGAUACAAGCAAUUUUUGACAUUGCCUUCACGUGGAAAGCCAGAAAAAUGAUGGAUUCCUCUCAAAAAAAGAAACAUGUGUUGAAGCUGGUUCUCGCAGUCAUAUGGACAAUUGUUCUUCCUGUGUUGUAUGCCCAUUCUAGAAGAAAAUAUACUUGUUAUUCCACACAGUACAAGAGCUGGCUUGGAGAAUUGUGUUUCUCUUCCUAUAUGGUUGCAGUCACAAUAUACUUGAUGACUAAUGCAGUUGACUUGGUGUUAUUUUUUGUUCCUGCUGUUGGCAAAUACAUUGAGGUCUCAAAUUUCCGGAUAUGCACAAUGCUGUCUUGGUGGACACAGCCUAGAUUAUUUGUUGGACGUGGAAUGCAAGAAACUCAAGUUUCGCAGUUCAAGUAUCUGCUAUUCUGGAUAUUGGUUUUGCUUAGCAAAUUUGCAUUCAGCUACAGUUUUGAGAUAAAACCACUCAUUGCACCUACAAGAAUGAUAAUGAGUAUUGGUGUGCAGAAUUAUGAUUGGCAUGAGCUAUUCCCAAAAGUCAAAAGUAAUGCUGGUGCAAUUGUGGCUGUAUGGGCCCCCAUCAUAGUUGUGUAUUUCAUGGAAGCACAGAUUUGGUAUUCUGUUUUCUGUACAAUCUUUGGUGGACUUUAUGGAAUUUUGCAUCAUCUUGGAGAGAUUCGGACAUUGGGAAUGCUGAGAAGUAGAUUUCACACCUUGCCUUCUGCAUUCAAUGUUUGCCUUAUCCCACCUGCACACAAAAAUGACCAAAAGAGAAAAAGAAAAAGCUUUUUCAGGAGAUUUUUUAAGGUACCCGAGGGUGAAAAAGAUGCUGUUGCCAAAUUUGUUCUAGUUUGGAACCGAGUUGUUAAUACUUUCCGGUCAGAGGACUUGAUAAGCAAUAGGGAGUUGGAUCUGAUGACAAUACCUAUGUCAUCAGAGUUAUUUACUGGAAUAAUUCGUUGGCCCAUUUUCCUCCUAGCAAAUAAGUUUUCAACAGCAGUCAGCAUUGCAAGAGACUUUGUUGGGAAGGAUGAGAUUCUUUUCAGGAAGAUUAGAAAAGACAAGUAUAUGUACUGUGCCGUUAACGAGUGCUAUGAAUCACUGAAGUACAUUCUUGAUAUUCUUGUUGUUGGUGAACUGGAAAAAAGGGUUAUAAACAACAUUACAAAUGAAAUUGAAGGAAGUAUUGCAAGAUCUAGUCUUCUUGAAGAAUUCAAAAUUACUGAGCUCAUAGCUUUACAAGCCAAAUGUAUUGAAUUGGUUGAACUUCUGGUUGAGGGAAAUGAAAAUCAACAUGAUAAUGUUGUGAAGCUUCUGCAAGAUAUCUUUGAGCUUGUAAUAAAUGAUAUGAUGAUAAAUGGUUUCAGAGUAUUCGAUUGGUUGAAUGCACCCCAGCAGGUUAAGCUGGAUUUUGGCUUUCGUUUUGAAGAAAUUGAACCUGAGUUAUUUGCUGACAAGAGUUCUGUCAAUUUUCCUUUUCCAGACUCUGGCCCUUUGAAUGAACAGAUUAAACGUUUUCUUUUGUUGCUUACUGUUAAAGACAAGGCAAUGGACAUACCUGCAAACCUAGAGGCUCGUAGGCGCAUCUCAUUCUUUGCUACUUCCCUGUUUAUGGAUAUGCCCAGUGCUCCUGAAGUACGCAAUAUGCUGUCAUUCAGUGUUUUUACUCCCCACUACUUGGAAGACGUUAACUUUUCAAUGAAAGAGCUACAUUCAAGCAAAGAAGAGGUUUCUAUCAUCUUCUAUAUGAAAAAGAUUUAUCCUGAUGAAUGGAAAAAUUUUCUGGAACGGAUGGGGUGUGAAAAUCUGGAUGCAGUAAAAGAUGAAGAGAAGGAGGAAGAGCUUAGAAAUUGGGCUUCUUUUCGGGGGCAGACACUAAGCAGAUCAGUUAGAGGAAUGAUGUACUACAAAGAAGCUUUAAAAUUACAAGCUUCUCUUGACAUGGCUGUAAAUGAAGGUAUCCUUGAAGGCUUUGAAACUGCUGAAAAAAAUAGUCUUAUGUCUGCUCAAAUAGAUGCAUUAGUAGACAUGAAAUUCACAUAUGUUGUUUCCUGUCAAAUGUUUGGCACACAAAAAUCUUCUGGAGAUCCCCAUGCACAAGACAUAGUUGACUUGAUGAUCAGGUACCCGUCUCUCCGUGUUGCUUAUGUUGAGGAGAAGGAAGUGAUUGAGGCAGACAAGCCUCAAAAGGUUUAUUCUUCUAUAUUGGUUAAGGCAGUCAAUGGUCUUGAUCAGGAAAUAUAUCGCAUAAAGCUUCCUGGUCCACCAAAUAUCGGAGAAGGGAAGCCCGAAAAUCAAAAUCAUGCCAUAGUUUUUACUCGUGGAGAAGCUCUACAGACAAUUGAUAUGAACCAAGAUAAUUAUUUGGAAGAAGCUUUAAAAAUGAGAAAUCUCCUACAAGAAUUUCUUCGAAACCAUGGACGACGGCCGCCUUCAAUACUUGGUUUGAGGGAACACAUAUUUACAGGAAGUAUUUCUUCCCUAGCAUGGUUCAUGUCAUAUCAAGAGACCAGUUUUGUCACCAUCGGUCAGCGGCUUCUUGCCAAUCCUCUCAGGGUAAGAUUCCACUAUGGACAUCCUGAUGUAUUUGAUAGGGUAUUCCACAUUACAAGAGGUGGAAUAAGCAAAGCAUCAAAAACAAUCAAUCUGAGCGAGGAUGUCUUUGCUGGAUUUAAUUCUACCUUACGACGGGGAAAUAUCACCUACCAUGAGUACUUGCAAGUGGGCAAAGGUCGUGAUGUGGGCCUAAACCAAAUCUCAAAGUUUGAAGCCAAAGUGGCUAAUGGAAACAGUGAACAAACGUUGAGUCGCGACAUAUACCGCCUUGGGCGCAGCUUUGAUUUUUUCCGGAUGCUCUCUUGUUACUUCACAACCAUUGGAUUUUAUUUCAGCAGCCUGAUUUCAGUAAUUGCAAUUUAUGUAUUCCUCUACGGGCAGCUAUACCUGGUUCUUAGUGGGUUGCAAAAUGCACUCAUGCUCGAGGCUAAAAUGAGAAACAUUCAAUCACUGGAAACAGCUCUUGCCUCCCAAUCAUUUAUUCAGCUUGGGCUCCUAACAGGCUUACCAAUGGUGAUGGAGAUUGGGCUUGAGAGAGGAUUUCUUACAGCUCUUAAAGAUUUUGUCCUAAUGCAAUUACAACUUGCGUCUGUUUUCUUCACUUUUUCUCUCGGAACAAAAAUCCAUUAUUAUGGGCGAACAAUUCUGCAUGGUGGAGCUAAGUACAGGCCUACUGGACGUAAGGUUGUGGUGUUUCAUGCCAGCUUCACCGAGAACUACAGAUUAUAUUCACGGAGCCACUUUGUUAAAGGAUUUGAACUAUUGCUUCUGUUGAUUGUAUACGAUUUGUUUAGGCGGUCCUAUCAGAGCAGCAUGGUAUAUGUAUUAAUCACUUACUCCAUUUGGUUCAUGUCAAUCACUUGGCUGUUUGCGCCAUUUCUGUUUAAUCCUUCUGGAUUCAGUUGGAGUAAGAUAGUAGAUGACUGGAAAGACUGGAAUAAGUGGAUCAAGCAGCAAGGAGGUAUAGGAAUUCAACAGGACAAAAGUUGGCAGUCUUGGUGGAAUGAUGAGCAAGACCACCUUCGGCGCUCAGGCUUGGCUGCUAGGUUGUUUGAGAUACUUCUUUCUACUCGAUUUUUCAUGUAUCAAUAUGGUUUGGUCUAUCACCUUGACAUUUCCCACAAGAGCAAAAAUUUUUUGGUAUAUCUGCUUUCCUGGGUUGUGCUUCUUGCAGUUUUCUUAUCAGUCAAGGCAGUGAACAUUGGAAGACAAGUGUUCAGCGCUAAGUACCACCUUGUGUUCAGGUUUUUCAAAGCAUUUCUCUUCCUGGGUUCUCUAACCGUUAUAAUUUUACUUUCUGUCAUCUGCCAACUAUCUUUCAAGGACAUAAUCGUAUGCUGUCUGGCAUUUUUGCCAACCGGAUGGGGUCUAAUACUGGUCGCACAAGCCAUGAGGCCAACGGUAGAGAAAGUCAGACUAUGGGAGUUUAUGCAGGUCCUUGCUAAAGCAUAUGACUACGGAAUGGGGGUUGUUCUUUUUGCACCUAUAGCUAUUCUUGCUUGGCUCCCAAUUAUAUCAGCCUUCCAGACUCGAUUCCUUUUCAACGAGGCCUUCAACCGGCACUUGCACAUUCAACCAAUUCUUGCCGGGAAAAAGAAGAACAGAUGAUUUUUGGCUACUCACAAGUUAUAGCCUGUUUAUACUAUUUUUUUAGUCAGGUAUAUCAACACAUAAAAACAAUAAGCCUGUCAAAAGUAUAGUGUAUAGCUGAAAUUCAUAUGUUAAUGUAUAUACAAGUACAAGUUUGUUAGAGGGUAUAGAAUCAUUUAUCUCCAAAUUAUCAUCCUGAAUUGGCCAUUAU